AUGACUGCCAUCUCCUUCUCCACUUCCUUUGUUUUUGGGAUUAUACCCGAUAACCAACCUGGUGGCCAUGGAAUAUCCUUCGUCAUAGCUCCUCAACCGGGAUUGCCAGGAGCAAUUGCCAACAGUUUCAUGGGUCUUUUCAACCUGACGGAUAUGAACACUAACGACACCAACCACAUUAUAGCUGUCGAGUUUGACACAGUAUUGAGCCCUGAAUUUAACGAUAUCAAUAACAAUCAUGUUGGGAUUGAUAUCGGCAGCUUGGAAUCUGUUUUGUCUAAGACAGCAGGGUAUUACUUGGCAAACAAAGCCACAUUUCAGGACCUGACCUUGAUUAGCAAUGAAUCUAGGCAGGUUUGGAUCGAAUAUGAUGGUGUCAAGAAACAAAUGAACGUAACCGUGGCCCCAAUCAAUCUGGGAAAACCGUCUCAACCGCUUCUGGUUCUAAAUAAAGACCUGUCUCAGUACAUAAAUCCCAAUAUGUAUGUCGGGUUCGCAGCAGCAACCGGUACACUUUUUAACCGACAUUAUUUGCUAGGCUGGAGCUUCAAGGUGAAUGGCCAAGCUAACGAGCUUGAUAAUUCCAAGCUUCCAAGGCUCCCUACUAAUGCAAAUAAGAAUAAUAGCCCGACGCAGCUAAUUUCUAUGUCACUCUUGCUGGUAUCAGGUAAUAAAAUAGCGAGAGAUGAAGGGCUCUCCAAGGACCUUAAUUUCGAAGGAAAUGAUCAACUUGGCUAUCUUCGUCAAGCAUUUGAAGUUGAAUCCUUAAAUUAUUUUCUUGAAAUUCUUGAAUGUGAGAUACUGAAUGGUUUUGAUUAUGUGCAAUCUGGGAUGGUAUUGUUGAUUAGACGCUUGGCUCAUGGUUUGUAUCUUGAUAGCUCUAUAGAGGACGAGGACCUUGUCAUUAUUGACUUAGUUGAAUGGUAUCAUUUAGCAUGGUAA